CUGUAACGCUUUGUAUCGCUUCUUAUAGGUCCUCCUCCUCGCGGUCCUCUUUUCAUCUUAUUAUUCACACACUUUCCUUUUCAGUAGUACGUAACUUUCAUAACUGCGAUAGAAUACAAGUCAAGCCUGUUGCCGUGUUGCAUCCAUUCUAGCAUUGACCACUGGCCGUCUGUCGUUAUCUCCAAGGUCGUUAUCGCUUAUUGCUAUUUGCUAGUAGGGCUUGUAAGGGGGAAGCUGGGUGUUCGACCGCCUUCCUGAGCACUCCACAUUAAGGCAAUAUACUGGGACGUUACCGAGACCUGUCUGCUUCAAGGUGUGCUGUGAUUGGCUAAGUAUCCCAUGCCUUGGGGACGCGAUGCUGCUCGUGUGGAGGGUUGCGCGCCGCCCCCUGCUCACCACGCCUUGCCUGGUGACCGCGAGGCAAAAGUCACUAGACGCAGCACCACAAAUCAAGCGGAAGGACGGUGCUCUCAGAUCGGUUCGAGAAAUACCAGGACCUCCAACCUUCCCCCUCCUUGGAUGUCUCCCGAGUCUGGUCGCCUCAGGAAUGACCUUCAAUUUAAAGAGGAUACACAAGUUUUUCGAGGGGCUGAUACAUAAAUACGGUCCCAUAGUGAGGAUAGAGACUGCGCAGAUGCCUCCUGGGGUCUUGGUGAUCAACGCAGACCACACAGAAGCCAUGAUAAGGGCAACCAUGGACAACCCAAUACGAAACGGCUUCCUCUCACUCAAAAAAAUCAGAUUAGAAAUGGAAGACGAUUACUUCGAGGGAAAAACAGGUCUUCUGUCUGAGAAUGGCGAGGAGUGGUGGCGUGUGCGAAGUAAAGUUCAGACGCCCAUGAUGAAGCCCAAGAACGUGGCGUCCUAUCUGCCGCAGGUGGACCAGAUAACCCUCGAGUUCAUUGAAAGGAUGGCUUUCUUUCAGGCGAAGCAUGGCGAGAUGCCCCACGACUUCCAGACAGAACUGUACAAGUGGGCUCUGGAGUCCGUGGGUGUUGUGGCCCUGAACCGGCGCCUGGGCUGCCUGACACCUGACUUACCCGGAGACUCCGAGCCCAUGAGACUCAUUGGGCUGGUGAGCGACCUCUUCCACAACCUGAACCUGACGGAGUUCGGAGUACACACGUGGCGGAUCUUUCCAACCCGCCCCUACAGAACAGUCAGGGAGAAGCACACCGCCUUUUUAAGGCUGGUGGACAGCAACAUCCAAGAAACUGAGGCCUUGCUACUGGCCCAGGGUCGUGAGGACAGGGAAGCCACUUUGAUGGAGAGCCUCCUCAUGACGCCCGGCCUCUCCCGCAAGGAUGUUAUCACCCUAAUUCUUGACAUGAUCCUAGCUGGAAUAGACACAACUUCCCACAGCAUUGGCUUUACAUUGUAUUUAUUGGCACGGCACCCGGCAGUGCAGACUAAGUUGCAGGAAGAGGUUGACACAGUGUUGAGGGGCCAUGAGGGGCCAUUGACAGCACAACACCUGGCCAAGCUCUCCUACCUGAAGGCAGUCAUCAAGGAGUCCCUCAGAAUAUUUCCUCUAGUUCUUGGCACCAUUCGAACUUUAGAGAAGGAUUUGAUUCUGGACAAUUAUGUGAUUCCCAAAAAUUGGUCCGUAUUGAGCAUGAACAUGCUGACGGGAUGGGAGGAAACAUACUUCCCCAGAGCCAAGGAGUUCCUGCCUGAACGCUGGCUAAGACACAAGCCUCUUGGGCCCAUCCAUCCCUACGCUUCCCUUCCCUUCGGAGCCGGAGUCAGAAUGUGCAUUGGCAGGCGACUUGCUGAACAGGAAAUGUAUAUCUUCCUCACAAGGGUGAUGCAGCGGUUUACUCUUGACUACAAGUAUGAAGACAUUGACAUUAUCACCAGCCUGGUGUGCAUCCCAUCUCAGCCACUCAGGUUCAACCUCAUUGAGCGCACCUGACUGGCUGCAGCGUGCUUGGCUCAUUUUUUGAGGGCCUAGGAGGGGCCGACAUAAUGCGAGUAACAAAGUUGUUCCUCCACCUUGGCUGCUCUUGGCUGUACUGCUGCAUGGUAGGGAGGAAUGAUUUAAACAAUUAUUGUACUUCUUUUAUCAGAGUGUCUUCAUUAUAUAUAU